CUCCGACGCAACACGUUGCUGACUGAAAAUCAAGACUUCAAGGUGCCCAUCAGUUAUCAUCCACAUCGAUUCAUGGGAUGACGUCCUUCUCCCGGCUGUGCUCCGUCGCCCCCACGCCGCCUCACCUCCUCCUCCUCCUCCUUCUCUUCCUCUCUUCUGCUCCUCUUCCUCCAGUUUCUUCUUUCUCCUUGGUCUCCUGACGGCAGACGGAGCCAAUGCGACGUUUCGUCUACUGUAAGGUGGUGUUGACCACCUCGCUGGUUUGGGUUCUGGUGGACGUCUUCCUGCUGCUUUACUUCAGCGAAUGCAACAAGUGUGAGGACGGAAAGGAGCGCUCCUUACUCCCGGCUCUGAGAGCUGUCAUGUCGCGUAGCCAUGAGGGUCCAGGGGAGAUGGGUAAAGCCGUGGUCAUCCCUAAAGAAGACCAGGAGAAGAUGAAGGAAAUGUUCAAAAUUAACCAGUUCAACCUGAUGGCCAGUGAUAUGAUCGCCCUUAACCGCAGUCUGCCUGAUGUUAGACUGGAUGGCUGUAAGACGAAGGUGUAUCCGGACGACCUUCCCAACACCAGCGUAGUGAUCGUUUUCCAUAACGAAGCCUGGAGCACGCUGUUACGGACCGUGCACAGCGUCAUCAAUCGCUCACCCAGACACUUGCUCCUGGAGAUACUGCUGGUGGACGACGCCAGCGAGAGAGAUUUCCUGAAAGACAAGCUGGAGACCUACGUCCGGACUCUUGAAGUCCCGGUUAGGAUCCUGCGGAUGGAGAAGAGGUCCGGUCUGAUCCGAGCACGGCUACGGGGUGCGGCGGCCACAAGGGGGCAGGUCAUCACCUUCCUGGACGCCCACUGUGAGUGUACGGUGGGCUGGCUCGAACCACUGUUGGCCAGGAUUAAAGAAGACAGGAAAUCUGUGGUCUGUCCCAUCAUUGACGUGAUAAGCGAUGAGACGUUUGAGUACAUGGCGGGCUCUGACAUGACGUACGGAGGUUUUAACUGGAAACUCAAUUUCAGGUGGUACCCCGUCCCCCAGAGAGAGAUGGAUCGACGCAAAGGAGACAGGACCCUUCCCGUCAGGACUCCCACGAUGGCUGGGGGUUUGUUCUCCAUCGACAGGACGUACUUCGAGGAGAUUGGCACGUACGAUUCGGGCAUGGACAUCUGGGGUGGAGAAAAUCUAGAAAUGUCUUUCAGGAUCUGGCAGUGCGGCGGAUCUCUGGAGAUCGUGACCUGCUCUCACGUGGGUCACGUGUUCCGGAAGGCCACGCCGUACAGUUUCCCCGGCGGAACCGGGCAGGUCAUCAACAAGAACAACAGACGGCUGGCGGAGGUCUGGAUGGACGAGUUCAAGGACUUCUUCUACAUCAUUUCACCAGGUGUGGUGCGAGUUGAUUACGGUGACGUGUCGGCCCGUAAAGCCCUGAGGGAGGCCCUGCAGUGUAAACCCUUCUCCUGGUACCUGGAGAACAUCUACCCCGACUCCCAGAUUCCCCGGAGGUACUACUCCCUGGGUGAGAUCAGAAACGUGGAGACCAAUCAGUGUGUAGACAACAUGGGCCGUAAGGAGAACGAGAAGGUUGGCUUCUUUAAUUGUCACGGCAUGGGAGGGAACCAGGUGUUUUCCUACACGGCGGAUAAAGAGAUCCGGACUGACGACCUGUGUCUGGACGUGUCACGGCUGAACGGACCCGUGGUGAUGCUCAAGUGUCAUCACAUGAAAGGGAACCAGAUGUUUGAGUAUGACGCCGAGCGGCUGACCUUGUUGCAUGUGAACAGUAACCAGUGUCUGGACAUGCCUUCAGAGGAGGACAAAAUGGCACCCACCCUGAGAGACUGCAACGGCAGCCGCUCACAGCAGUGGAUCCUGAGGAACAUGACUCUGACUAUCUGAUCCAAACUCAUCGGGACAGAACCGGGCCGGUCAGAAGUGGAUCCUGAGGAACAUGAC